GACAAUUGAUAUUUUAAUCUAAUAUCAACAUUGACAUUGGUUAUUUCAGAAAGUGGGUGUUCAUGAAACUUUUCAAGUCAAUAUUAUUGUGGAUUUUCCGAUAAGCUAAUGCAAAAAACACACUACGUAAUAUUAUAGUUCAUAGCAAUUUCUUUUUGUGAUGAAUACAUAAAAUACAGACAUGGAAGGAUUGCCUUCUGGUGAUAUCCAGGCUAAAUAUCAAAAAUUAGCUGCAGAAUAUUCAAAGUUGCGAGUUCAUGUUAAGGUGUUGAAAAAAGGUGUAUUAGAUGAACAGGCUAAGACAAAUGAAUUGCGAGAAGUAUUGAAAGAGAAGGAGAAAUCGUUGCGCAAAGGGGAAUUGGAGAUAGAUUCACUUUCUUUUAGGAAUCAACAACUAACACGACGAGUAUCCGUUCUACAAGAUGAAAUUGAACAAAAACCGAGUAAAACAACUAAAAAAACGAAAAGCAAAGAUGAUAAAGUAGUAAAUAAUAGCAGUCCUGCCCAUCUAGAUGCAAGUUUAUUCCAGGAAGAGCUCCAAAAGAAAAUUAUUGAAAAUGCCCAGUAUGCAUCACAGCUAUCUGAUAAAACAUUUGAAAUAUCUCAAUUGAAGGCAUCAAUAGAAGAUUGCAAUCGUCACAUGAGUGAAUGUGAGAGUAGGUAUAAGUGUGAAAUAGCUAAGUUAAAGAACAAGAAUCAAGAUCUACAAUUUGCUUUGGAGGAAGCCCGUAAGGAGAAGCUUGAAGGGACAGCCAAAGUUCAAGCUGGAAGUUUGGCCAGCUGCAAUGGUGACUUUUUAUCUGAAGGUGGCAGUUUGAUUGGUAGUGAGGAUGCUCUUAGUUCUGUGGAUGACUUGAAUAUUACUGAGCAACUUGGCAACAAGUUACAUAAUUUAGAACUGGAAACCCAAAAGCUUCGUAUGGAGUAUGGCCUACUGGAGAUGGAGAAUGACAGUUUGAAGCUGGAAGUCAGUAAGCACGUAUCGGCCGCUCAGAGACGACGCGCUGACGCACACGACUCUGGAGAUUUUAAUGCCUUCAACCAGACUUCUGUUGACGGUGAGGGUCGUGUCACGGGUUUGCUUGGAAGUCUUCACGUUCCAUUUUUGAUUAACGAGGAAAUUGAGCAGCGUGAGGAGAGAUUGACGGCCUACUUCCGCAAAAAGAUCACAGCGCUUAAUGCUGAGAGAGAUGAAUUGCUGAGCAAUAUUGAGUUUUAUGCUAAAGAAUGUGAAAUUUUGCGACAUCGUUUCGAAGAGUUGGAGCGCGAAAAGGAAGCCGACAAUAACACGAUACAGGACAAACACAAUACUAUUAGUCGACUGGAAGAAGAGCUCCAGUCUACGUCUCACAAUUACGAGCAACAGAUGUCGCUGUUGACGGAGCACUUGGCGGCCUUGAAUGACCAGCUCGCCGCUCAACACGACUCCAUAGAGCAUCUUAAGCAUCAACUGGCUACCAGGAAGAAAUAAAUGAGAGAAACGUCAAUAAAAAUUAAAUCAAUAUACACAAAACAAUAAAUAUCGAAUUGAUAACUUUUGGUUUUUUAAGUCGGUAAAAAAGGUACCUUGAUUGACUGGAACUCUGGAGAACGGUAGUCAUUGCGUUAGGAAAUCUCCGUACUGAAAUAUUAACUUUUGACAUCAAACUUCCCGUUUCAUCCAGAAUUUUCCUCUAAACGUAAUUAUAUCAAAUGCGCUGUUUAUUAACAACUCGCAAUUAUGACACGUUUGUUGCUUAGCGUAACCGUGGAGAUGGUUAAUAAUCCGGACUUUUUCUCAAAUCAUCUACUAGAACUGAAUUUUGCAGCAAAUCAAUUAUUUAAGACUACUUUUUAGUACUGAUAGUAUUUUAUUGAUGUUUGAAUAUUUACCAAAUUAGGAAAAAUCUAAAAGAUUGUGUCUUUUGAGUAGUUAGGAGAAGUAGUUAAGUGUAGGUAGGAAAAAAUACAAAUAUUAUACUUCCAUUAAAAUAUAUAAAUGUACCCACAUUUUAGUUUUUUUUGUGGUCAAUUUAAACUGUUAUGUAAAUGGCUUUAUUUACCUCCUAUGUAUGAGUAUGACAGCUCACGCUGAGUCACGUGAUCAUUUAUAUAUAUUUUACAAUAAAUUUAUGUUUCAUACAAACUUUAGUCUGCUUAAUUCAUACACACAAUAGCCUAGCGACAAUAAAUUUUACGAAAAUAAACUUUUACUAAAAGGCAUUAAGGUUUUAAUUUAUUGGCGUAAAUAUUUUCUCAAUAACUAAAUUAUGAAAUCAUAGAACUUUUUGUUCGUAAUUCUAUAGUUUAUGACUCUCGGGAUCUCUUAAAUUAAAAAAAAAUUGGAACAGUAAAUCUAGAUUAUACUGAGAAUAUAUUUUUUUAACGUUUAUUCACUUUAUUAAUUUAAUUAUUAUCUAACUAUUAGCAUACGAUAUAUUGAACUGAGUUUGAAUUUACCAAAGAUCUAAUCAUUGGUAUAACAUGGUUGGAUAAAAGCUGCACUAUGCAGUAUAUAUUUAAAGUUAUAUAUUUCCGUGUCAUACGUUGAUUUUUUAUGAUUCCUAUUCUUACCUUCAGGCUAUGUUUAUUAUGCUUUUGGCUAGUGAAAACAAUUAGCAAUUUUUUGGCGUUUAUUGAACUUGUGUUAUGCACUCGAAUUAUGUGAAAAUUACAUAAUGUAAAAAUUGUAAAUAUACGCUAAUAAUGUUGCACUUACGAUAAUAUUAUAACUAUAUUAUUUACGUGUAAUAUAAUGUACAAUAUAUAGAUAUUUCUAAAUCAUUGUGAUUAAAAUGAGUUACACA